GGGCGGGGAGGCCGGCGGGUGCUCGGCCCGGCCGCCUUCAUAAGCAGGCGGGGGAGGUGGCCGCCAGAGUACGCUCCCGCCACUGUGCUCCUUAGGGCCGCUGCUCGCGCGCACCGGGACAGACCCUCCCCACGAGUGCCUGCAGGAUCGGAACUUCAAUUAACAGCUGACACUGCCUACCCCUCUCUUCCACCCAUCUGGGCUCCAGUGAGGGACGGAUCUCGGGGUACACCAUGAUUUCACCAUUUUUAGUACUGGCCAUCGGCACUUGCCUUACCAACUCUUUUGUGCCAGAGAAAGAGAAAGACCCCAGUUACUGGAGACAGCAAGCCCAGGAGACCUUGAAAAAUGCCCUGAAACUCCAAAAGCUCAACACCAACGUGGCCAAGAAUGUCAUCAUGUUCCUGGGAGAUGGUAUGGGUGUCUCCACAGUGACGGCUGCCCGAAUCCUUAAGGGCCAACUACACCACAACACAGGCGAGGAGACCCGGCUGGAGAUGGACAAGUUCCCCUUUGUGGCCCUCUCUAAGACGUACAACACCAACGCUCAGGUCCCCGACAGCGCGGGCACUGCCACUGCCUACUUGUGUGGUGUGAAGGCCAACGAGGGUACCGUGGGAGUGAGUGCGGCCACUGAGCGCACACGGUGCAACACCACUCAGGGGAAUGAAGUCACGUCCAUCCUACGCUGGGCCAAGGAUGCUGGGAAGUCCGUGGGCAUCGUGACCACCACUCGGGUGAACCACGCCACACCCAGUGCAGCCUAUGCGCACUCGGCUGAUCGGGACUGGUACUCGGAUAACGAGAUGCCACCCGAGGCUCUGAGCCAGGGCUGCAAGGACAUCGCGUAUCAGCUAAUGCACAAUAUCAAGGACAUUGACGUGAUCAUGGGUGGCGGCCGGAAGUACAUGUACCCCAAGAACAGAACUGACGUGGAAUAUGAACUGGAUGAGAAGGCCAGGGGCACAAGGCUGGAUGGCCUGGACCUCAUCAGCAUUUGGAAGAGCUUCAAGCCCAGACACAAGCACUCGCACUAUGUCUGGAACCGCACUGAACUGCUGGCCCUUGACCCCUCCAGGGUGGACUACCUCUUAGGUCUCUUUGAGCCCGGGGACAUGCAGUACGAGUUGAAUCGAAACAACCUGACUGACCCUUCGCUCUCCGAGAUGGUGGAGGUGGCCCUCCGGAUCCUGACAAAGAAUCCCAAAGGCUUCUUCUUGCUGGUGGAAGGAGGCAGGAUUGACCAUGGGCACCAUGAGGGUAAGGCCAAGCAGGCGCUGCAUGAAGCAGUGGAGAUGGACCAAGCCAUCGGAAAGGCGGGCGCCAUGACUUCCCAGAAAGACACAUUGACCGUGGUUACUGCUGAUCAUUCCCACGUUUUCACAUUCGGUGGAUAUACCCCCCGGGGCAACUCCAUCUUUGGUCUGGCUCCCAUGGUGAGCGACACGGACAAGAAGCCCUUCACAGCCAUCCUAUAUGGCAACGGGCCUGGCUACAAGGUGGUGGAUGGUGAACGGGAGAAUGUCUCCAUGGUAGAUUAUGCUCACAACAACUACCAGGCCCAGUCCGCUGUCCCCCUGCGCCACGAGACCCACGGUGGGGAAGAUGUGGCGGUCUUUGCCAAGGGCCCGAUGGCACAUCUGCUUCACGGCGUCCAUGAGCAGAACUACAUCCCCCACGUGAUGGCGUAUGCCUCCUGCAUUGGGGCCAACCUUGACCACUGUGCCUGGGCCAGCUCUGCUAGCAGCCCCUCCCCAGGGGUCCUGCUGCUUCUCCUGGCUCUGUUCCCCCUGUGCACCCUGUUCUGAGGGCUCAGGUCCCAUGAGCCCACAAUGGACAGCCAGAUCCCCUCCCUUUGUGGCCCACCACCUGGCAGCCCACGCUCAAGGGAGAGACGUAGGCAACCUCCAGCAGGAACAGAAGUUUGCUACCUGCCUCGCCUCAUCCGGAAUCCUCCAUGGGCCAGAUUCCUGGCUCUGCUUUUAUUCCCUAAUCUCUGCCCUUUGGCCAGCAGGGCAGGUUUCUCUCUUGGGCAGGCAGGACACAGACUGCACAGAUUCCCAAAGCACCUUAUUUUUCUACCAAAUAUAUUCUCCAGACCCUGCAACCUCCAUGGAACAUUCCAGAUCUGACCUUCUCUCCCCCAUUCCUUCCCUCUGGAACACUGGGCUCCAUAGUCAUGGGCAGUCCCCAAGCCCAACCCUCCCUGGGGGGAAGACCAGGUCUGCUCAGGAUGAGACUCCCAGGAAGCCACCUCCGGGGUUGGCUGUCUACCCAGGGUGGCCCAGGCUGGGAAGAGCAGCCCAGCCGGACAGGACGCAUACACUCCCCACCCAGCUCCAGAGACUCGCCAACCCUUCACUGAAGUGGCUCUCCUGUUUGGAAUAGCAAAAAAAAAAAAAAAAAAAAAGAAAGAAAAAAAAAGAAAAAAGUUUUAAUUUCUCUUUUUGGUGUUGGUUAAAAGGGAACACAAGACAUUUAAAUAAAACGUCCCAAAUAUU